AUGACGGAUUUCGUACAAGGUGACGAUGACAGUGACGGCGAAUCGGGUUCGGCGCGUGUGGGAACAGGGUUCGAGGAUAUUGAAGAAGAGGAGGAAUUGGGGGCGGUUACUGUUUGUGUUGUUGUCUGUCGCGCCAAUGGGGACCGAGAUCUGGAUCGAGUGCGACUGGUGAACGACUUCAAACUGGAAUCCCCAGAAGGUGUUACCAAAACUCCCUGA